UGCAAUCUGUCCAGCAUCACCACUCGUGUGAGGAUGUCCUCGUCAGGGACGUCAGCAAGCAAACGCCCGGAUCGAUUCCAUGGGGCGUUCACGGGAGGCUUCUCGGCUGGGUUUUACAACUCGGUUGGAAGCGCCGAGGGAUGGACUCCAUCUGCCUUCUCCUCCUCGCGGGACAAACGGGCUGCGCCCAAAGAGCAGAGACCCGAAGACUUUAUGGAUGACGAGGACGGUCUCUUCACCGAGCAACUGCAGGCCAAGCCGGCGUUUGAUACGCUUGGUUCCACAGCCGAUGAGGUCGCAAGAAAGCACGCGGAGAUGGAGGCUGCUGGGGGCGCCAUUCCUGGACCCGCGCCAUCAGAACUCAUUAUACCGGUGGGCGACCCAAUGGGGAAGAAGCUACUGAGGACGAUGGGGUGGAGAGAGGGGCAAGGAGUAGGAAAGCGGGUCAGGAGGAAGCGGCGACGGCCUGCACCAGCCGAAGCGGACGACUCGCCCGAGGAUGUGUUACCCGAACAGGCGCGCGCAGGGCUCGGGGAAAAAGGUCGAGAGCUACUCGACAAGGAAGGCUUGACGUUUGCUCCCAGAAACGCUGACGUCAAGAUGCAGCAUGUUCUCGCGAAGACCAACCUCCACGGGGUAGGGCACGAACCUUUCAAAGACGCCCCCGAGUUUGGAGCAGCCAGAGCCGGAGCCACGGGUGUGCGGAGUGUUUACAGCACUGAAGACAUCGUGCAGCACCCUAUGGAUGCUGGUGCUGCGGGAGGGAUGGCGGCCGGGGUUUCGCGGCGGUCAUUGGCGGCCGCAGUCGUAGGUAGAGGAAGUCACGGUUUCGUUUUGGAUGAUGGGGAAGAUGACGUAUAUGAGUCGGGCCUUGGCAAAGAAGCAUACGACCAGGCCCUAGAUGCAGACGGAGGCAGAGCAGCUGCCCAUGCCGGUUUGCCUGGAAGCGCGAAGGCGUGGGCGUUGAGCGGGGCGGCAGAUGACGACGAGGACGAACCUAUGCUAGCCUCCCGAAGAUACGCAAGAUGUCCUUCGGACGGCCGUCUGCCACCGACCGGCUUCGUGGUAGCCCAGCGACCGGACGUCCACCAGAAGCACUGGGCACCGCCGAUCCCGCCGGCGAACUUCCGCCCGACGAUCGAGUUUGAGGAUGACGCUAAAACCCCGUUGGAACUGUCCACAAGUCAGAGGUACGGCGGCGCUCAUCUGGAUGCAUCUGGGCGUGCACGAUUAUUGGGCGAGCCAUCAGCCCAAUCGUCGACUAGCACGCCUGUCGCUCCACCCACCGUCCUUGACAAAGGAAAGGCACACCUCCCGGACGGUUCAUCCGCGCUCUCUUUCUUGUCUCCAGCAGCACGCAAGAAGGUUCUAGAGGCUGCGAACGCAACCAAGGCACCCUCGCGUUCUUCUCCCGAUACUGGAGGGGCUGCUUCAAAGCAUCAGCGACCUCUUGGAUCUAUGAGCCAGGAUAAUUCGAGCCAACAGUCUGAAGGCCUGCCAUUCACCUUGGCAGCUAAGUUCACGUCAGAGACACCAGCGGCUUCCAACUCUGAUGAGCCUCAAGACCAAGUUGCGGGGAUAAUUGACCCAACAAGUCGUCCCGCAGGUCUUACGUUGCGCAGGCCAGCCUCAACUGAUACUUUGAACAAGGCGUCUACGGCAACGGUCUCAGUGGACAAGAGCGGCAGAACCGAGGAAGAGCUGAACCCCGUGCGGCGCACGGGCGAUUGGAUUCCGACUCCCCUCUUGUGCAAGCGAUUCAAUGUCCCGGUUCCGAAAACUUCGUCUUCUAGUAUGGAGUGGACAACCAAGGGCGGAAGGCCUGCAGGUGCCGAAGAGAAAGCACUUGGACCGUUGACGAAGUUUGUUCCAGAUUCUUCGGCCAUCGAUCAGCCUCAGAUCCCUUUGCUGAAGGACUUGGAGCAACGACAUCCAAUCGGCAAUAUGUCUGCCUCUGCAUCAUCUGGGAUUGGUGAUGUUGUAGUCACGGACAAUGGUCUUGCGGAGAGGCCGCCCAUUGACCUCUUCAAGAGUAUUUUCGAGUCUGAAUCUGAGAUUGACUCGGCGGAAGAUGAGGAGAGUGAACAAGAGUCAACCUUGGCAGCUGCUGGCGAACCAAGCAUAAGCUCUCCGAGACCACGAGCGGAGAGUCAGCGAGCUCCUCAUGACUUGUUCGGCAAGGCUCCGGUAGACCGAGGGUACGGAACCGAUUCUAGCGAAGAAAGCCCCGGGCAGGUUGAAGGAGGUCAUCAAGUCGUCGACGAGGCAGGGGGUGCUGGCGGCGAAGGGCCGAAUAUCCCAGGCGAAAAGACGAUGUCAGCUCGUGACGAUGAGAGGCGCACAAGACGAAGAGAGAGCAGCAGCAAGAAACACAGCAGCAGGAAGCACGGCAGCAGUAAAAAACACAAAAAGAACCGGUCGGAAAAGAGGGAUCGAAAGCACGACCACAAACGAAAAAAAAGUAGCUCCUCUAAGAGGUACUUUUCGAGAUAGCUUGAAGGAUGGUGACGGUACCAUGCGUGUUGCCGGCGUGUGUUGACCUAGCAACGUGCCCCCGUUGGGCCCAACUUGAAAGAGGGAGUAAACCACGAAGUAUUCAUUUAUCAACGGAAAGCCUUUCAUUUCAAGACGGUUUGACGAGGCCCGACUCAAAGAGAUAGUUGGCUACGAGCUUGCGCCUUGUGAGAUUUUCGCUCAAACCGCGCUUGUCCGGUGUGUAUUGUAUUCUUGACGCCCACAUUGCCUAGCCCUAGAGCUUGUCUUGGGAUUUCGCGCCUGUU